GAAAGAUCCUUCAGAACAGAACUCAGAACAGAGAGACAACAACAAGAAAUGUAUUUCGCAGCGAUAGCUUCUUCACAACAGAGCUUUUUGUCGGACUCUUUCAGUUUCCGACACAGUUUCAAACCUAGACACAGUUAUAAGCUUACUCGUCCCAACUCAAUCUGUUGCAAAUCUCCAAACCACGACGACGAUGAAACAGAUUCUUCCCGCAAAAAUGAGAAUCAGCUUGCGAAAUUGGCAAUCGUGACGUUAGCGGUUGGCGUUUUGGCUUUGGGAUCGGUUGGAGAUGCGUCUGCGGCUAAAAGCGGUGGGAGAAUCGGUGGUCAAGCGUUUCGGUCUUCAGCUCCUCGGCCUCCUCCUAGAAUUAACAACCGAUCGAGGACCAACAUCUACGUGAAUCCUCAGGUUGCACCACCUUUGAUCGGUGGCUACGGAUAUGGUGGAUACGGCGGUUGGGGAUGGUCACCGUUUUCCUACUUUGCCCCUGGUCCUGCGGUGGCUGUUGGUGGGGGUGGUGGCUUGGACCUCCUCGUUCUCUUCAUGUUUUUUGGAGCUGCUUCAGCCGUGGCAAGAAACUUUUUCCGGUCAAGAAAUGAAGAAGACGAAGAUGACUACUAGCUAGGGCUGCUGGGCUGGAUAAAUAUAUUAAAAAAAAGAGGCAUGUGUAUAUGUGUUAUUAUAACAUAGUCAAUAUACGAUUUUGUGUUAAAAGUUAUGAUGGAAAAGACGGUUUCUAUACCUUGAGAUUAAUAACUAAGAUCAAUCAAAAAACGUAUAGCUAAACUCAAAUUGAAACAUCCUCAAAGUUUCAAAUUAAACAUUUUCUGUUUUUUUUUUUUUUGUUGUUGUUGUUGUUGUCGUUGAAACUUUAUAUUUGAAGUUCUAUCCUUCUUGAUA